AUGCACGUCUGCCGUCUCUGGCGCGCGACAGCGCUCAAGACCCCGCGACUGUGGGCCGAAGCCGUCGCAGCUCCCGGUAACCAGCUCACGUUCAACAAGGCCAGGAUCGAGGCGCAGUGUCAACACCUGGAGGAGAGCCGCAUCUCGUUUGCGGCUACUGCGAUAGAACUAUCGUCUCCGGAACCGCUGCGCCUCAAAAUUCAUUUUCUCCCCAAUGGUCUAUCCCAGACGCUCUCGUCGCACACCUCCCGACUCGUCGAUUUGUUCGUUCGCCUCCAAAGCGCCGCGCAGCUCAAGUCACUAUGCGUACUUCUUGCCAACGGCGUACCCAACCUCGACGUUCUCGGCAUCGCGUUUCCCGGAGAUGCAGGCAUGUACCGAGAGUGGCUGGCGCCAUACGACGACACCGAUGAGCGCGGAGGCCAAGAGGACCUCUCCGAGGAACUCAUCAGUUGGAGCUCGGGUGUUCAAGGCCUGGUCGCAGACACUCCUCGUCUCCGGACGCUUCGAUGUGUUCCGAUCGAUCUCGUGUCUCACUUUGCUUGCUCCAGCGUACGCGACAUGUGCAUCACUCCCGCGGUAUUCAACCGGCAUCACUUGGAGGGCUUCGUUCACGCGUUGAAGAACACUCCGGACCUCACGCGCCUCGAUCUGUGCAUGGAGAGAGGUGCCAGGAUGCGACCGGACCGUGACGCACCUGGGUGGGCGGUCAAUCCCGUCGACCUUCCGGCGCUGCGGACGUUGGUCGUCAACCUCCACUUCAACGAAGACGCGGUAAAGUACCUGGAUCUCAUCUCCAUUUCGUCCUCCGUCAGAGUCAACCUCAUAGGAGAUGACCUUUUGGAACUCGUCGACCUCCCUUCUCCGUUCAUCCCAUCUCGAAUACACUCCGCAAGCACCGUCCACAUCUGGGACUCUUACGACAAGUGGGAGAUUCCCACCGCCGUCGUCUCAACGUCGAAGGACGACGAGGAGCUCAUCCGCUUCACUCUCUCCAUCGACCUGCCGGACACAACUCCCUUCCUCCCCUCGUCCGACCUCAUCGAGACCUUCGACACCGGCGCGUACAUUACUCACCUCGUCUUCCACCAAAACUGGGCGACGAAGACUGCCGAAAGCAGUCCGUCGGAGAUCUUCCGCGCGUUCCCGUACCUCACCUCGCUCGACCUCGCCGGCCCCCGCGCGCACCGCGUCAUCAAGGCGCUCCGGUACCCGGACGACGACUACGCUCGCAAAGCGCUCGUGUGCCCGCGGCUGAAGACGCUCAAGAUCGCGUUCGGGCUGAACCUCGGGGACGACCAGUCGGCGUCGCGCAAGGCGUGGGCGGCGCUGAGGGCGCGGCCGGCAGGGUGGGAGGAGACGGUGCUCCGCACGAUCCCGGCACGGGUUCGGCCAUGGUGA